UCGAACAUGACACAAAACUGACAAUUUACGCAUAGCAAAAAUAAACUCACCCUUUUGAAAUUUAACAGCAAAUCACUCUAAUUACACAUCAUAACAAUCAUAUCAAUUGUACCAGUUCAUCAUCAUCAUCAUCAUCAUAUGGGAGAAGUGCUGAGAUGAAGUUCACUAAGAAUGUAAUCGCUGUGGCGGUGUAUGUUCUAGCUUCAACAAUGGGUAUGGGAUGGUCAUUGUUCCAAAACUAUACAACGUCCUUCAACAAUGAAAUAUUAUUAAUGAAUCUAACUUCUGAUAUCCAUUUAAAGAUCUUAUUGAAUUAUAUCGUGGUGGUGUUUCUCGUGAUAGGAAAGGUAUCGCAAAUGAUCAUCUUUGGUGAGUUACGAGUCAUUGAAGUGGAGAAAUUGUUUGAUUAUUUACCUAUGUUCUUAUUCAAUUUAUUAUUGAAUUUAACUACGUUUGAUGAUUCAAUCUUGAAUUGUUUCUUAUUCUGUUUUUCAGCUUUAAACAAGUUCCUUCAUAUUGUUUUAUUCGAAAGAUUGAAUUAUUUAACAUUUAAAAUCACUAAUAAUGAUAGCAUAUCCGUCACUUCCCGAUUGGCAGUAUUAAGACAAUACUUGUUUAAUCAUUUUGUAUGGUUAAAUAUUAUAUUCAUCAUCACUGAUUUCUCCAUUGCUAAAGUUUUAGUAUAUGAUGUAUUCCAAGGCAUUAAUUCGGUGGUUUGUUUAUUAUUUGGAUUUCAAUUUGCUAUUCAAGGAGUGGAGAAUUUAACUUAUUUCUGUAAAUUAUUAGUCAAUCUUUAUGAAGUUAUCUUUUAUAUCGCUGAACAAGAUGAAGAUGAUGAUAUUGAUAAUGAUGAAGCAGAGAAUAUAUGGGAAUUAAAACCUUAUUAUAGUAAAUCAAUUGAUAUAAUAUCAUCCCUUUUACAAGCUGGGGCUCAUUUAGGAUUCAUUUAUUUAUUAACUAUUGGAUCUGGUAUUGCUUUCCCAUUUUCAAUGAUUCAAGGAACUUUAGCAUCAGUUAAAGAUACUUAUAAAGAAGUCACUCAAUUAAUUAAGUUCAUUCAAUCUUCUAAACGAUUAGAAACUCAAUUACCGGAUGCAACUAAAGAAAAUUUAGAGACAGAAAAUGUUUGUAUUAUAUGUCGUGAUGAUAUGUAUUCAGUUGAUGAAUAUAAUAGAUCUCAUCCAAAAAAUCAUUUACCAUCAAGAAGAUACCCUAAGAAAUUAAAAUGUGGUCAUAUUUUACAUAUGGGUUGUUUAAAAGAUUGGUUAGAAAGAUCAGACAAUUGUCCUUUAUGUAGACAAAAUGUAUUUGAUGGUCCUAUACCAGCACCAACACCUACUGUACCGGAAGGACAAGCACAGCCACCACAACAAGCUGCAGUACAGGACCAAGGAGCUGCACCAGCUCCACAAGCAGCAGCAGCAGCAGAACCUGUAAAUAAUCCAAAUCAAGACAUCGGGGUAAGGUUGGCUGAAUUCGCCCAGGUAAUUAAUAGAAGGUUAGGUACCCUCAAUGAUGAUGACGAUAAUAAUAAUACUAAUAAUACUAAUACUAAUAAUGACAAUAAUAAUAACAUCCAUACCAACGAGAACCAUGAAGUUGAUAGUGAAGAUAAUACUACAGGUAGUACAUCGAGUGGAGAGUCCGAUCUUCAUAAUCGAAAAAUUUCCCCAUCAAAUCAAUUUCAUAUUGAAAUACCGAAAGAUUCAUUAGCCCCUCCAGGUUGGACAGUGUUGCCUAUUGAAAAAGCAGAUGAAGAUAAAUUUAUAGUUUCAUUUUCAAGAACUGCUCAAGGGAAAUUAACGAUCAGGAAAAGAUGAAGGUUAAAUAUGCCGUGUAUAUAUUAAAUAAGUUUCUAUAUAUAU